UGCCAUCGGUGCCAUUCGCAAAAGGUCAAAUACUCUGGCGAAAAGCUAUGCUCACGAUGCCUGAGAGCUGGCUAUACAGCUCAGUAUCGCUAUAUAAACCGCAAUCAUAAGAUUCGGGUUGACAAAAGCUACUUAGAACAGCUUAUCCAAGAUAGCCAAGAACUUCAAGAUCAACAGACACGCCAGACUUAUAGACCGCCUACUCCUUCAAGUUCCCUCAAGCCAAUAACAACCUUGAAUAAUCCUCUGCAACAGCCCAAGAGUAUCAGCUCUACUAUUCCCGAUUAUACAUAUAUAAGCAUAACAGAUUUACUAGUAUUUUAUCUGCCUAGACAGCAAUAUACUGACAAAAAUACUCUAAAAUCACUGUUCAAUAUUAAAGUACAGUGGCUAAGUCUAGUCUAUGCUAAACUACUGAUAAAAACUGCCCUUGGCUAUCUAAACCCUGCUUUCUACUUAGUUCUUAGGAAAGAAAUAUUUAAUAUUCUUUAUAAUAUCUACCAGAGAAGAGACUUUAAUAACCCUGGUCUUCUGUAUAAAUAUUUUGCUUUAUUUACUGUUGGCCAGGCUUUCUUAUUAAUAGGCCCUUUCUAUCUCCUUAUUCUUGUUUUAUUCCUAAUUAUUCUGACUAUCCCAAAGAUCUAUAAUAACGAUAUCUAUAUUAACCUAUCUUCUAACUUGCUCUGUGACGCUUAUCCUGAGAAUUUCUCAGAUAAUAAUUCCUCCCUAGAAAAUAAGGAAAUUACUCUAAUUAUGAGAGUUUUAAGUAAAGCUUAUAUUUACGCUCUAUAUAUUGAAGAAUAUAUAAGUAGAUCAAUGUUAUUAUCUAGCUAUACUUUUCCAGCCUUUCUGUUCUCUUUAGCGUUAAUGCUCACCAUAUUAAGUCUUCUAUCCUUAGGGGAAUUAGGGGACCCCAACGAUAUUAUAUUAGUCAAUAUUGUAGCUGAGAUUUUAAGAGUCCUAAGCACAUACAAUAGCCUAGCGGCUAAGGAUCUCUAUAAGUACCUUCAGUAA